AUGCCCCACUUCCCAUCCCACUCUCGAUCGCUUCACCUCAUCGAAAUGGCACUCCCACCCACCAAUCGCUGCUCGACAGUCGCCGAAUGGGCCAAGCGCGCGCGGGCCUGGGUUCACGUCAAUGAAGACAAGUUCAUGAGGUUCUGCCUCUCUGGAUUCAGCACCGAGUUUGCCGACGGCUACGGAGUAACGCUCGAUGGGACCACCCUGUCCCGGUCUGAUUCUCCCCUCUCUCUUUCUCGCCACUACACCACGAUUAUCGGUUCCAGCCCCGAGAUCGAGUUAGUGUCGGGAGACCUGACCAUCGCUCCGCUCGGCGAGUACCACCACGAACCCAUGAAGGACUUAUUUCUGUUUUUCGACAUAAAAUUACCCUCGAACCAGGGGAGAGUUGUAACGAAGCCCUUGGUACACCUGGCUACGCACCCAAUUGGCACUUGGGGCCCUGGCACGCGACUUCAUAUCGGAUUUUCUGGCUUCGCUACGGUUAUCGGGGACAAAUCCAACAUCGGCGCGGACAAGUACGAAGAGCUCUACCGACUCGGGAUCCAUCCAGCUCUAGGUAUUGAGCACGACACCGCAGGCGACUCACCUAUCACCAUCCCUCACGACAACAUUUCCACCUUUACCGACCAGCUUCGCGCGUCACUUGAAGAUCACGGCGUUCAUUGGGCUGGGGACAUUUUCUUUGUCCACGAGGUCGUAGACAUGUCGCGGUCGACGCAGCACGAUGCUCGCGACAGGGCUACCUCCCGAGACUGGCUGAACCUCGCGUUUAGUCACUACGAGCUCUCUCUCGCAGCUGCUCUUAGCGGGGAGCAUGGUACUUGGUACGUCGGGGUCGGAAUGGACAUUGCUUCGGCGAGUGGGAAGUGCUUUCUGUGGAAUUCCAAGAAACAUUCCGACCUCCUUUACCACCUCGCCAAGGUGGACAUCAUCCAGUCCCACACGAUCACGACCACCAACAAAGCCAGCUACUCUCGCCACACCUCCUUCCAUCUCUCCCAAGCAGCUGGCUGCGAAGUCCGACUCAGCGACACCAUGAUGGGCCAGACAGGCCUUCGGUAUUGGUCUCUCUCCCACACGCACGCUGUCGCCAGCCCAGAACCCAUUACCCCCACCGACGUUUUUACUGGCCGCGCGAUUCAGGUCCUCGACCGCGCCUUCGAAUCCUACCGAGCUGCUGCGUACACCGCAGGAGUCGGUCUUCGUGUUGAAGGGGUGGUAGCAAUUGGGAAGGCGGUGGAUUUCCUCGUUGACGUACCGUACAUUGCCUUGGACACUGCGAUUUUCGUUCUGGAAAGGGAGGAGCUAUGGCCUAUGCUAGCGUACCGCAUGCUUGCCAUGAGGAUGGCGACGGAGCUGCAGAUCGUCAGAACCCCCUACAACCGACUUCAGGCGCCGUCUCUCCUUCUGGCAGCUGGGAUCGCCUUUCUUGCCAACACCAUCGACACCACGGCAACGAUCAGUUUUCCGAGGAUGGGCGACGCUCGCUACUUCCUUCCCACUUCCCAAUCGAACACCCCUGGUCUGGGUGGCCCUGUCUUUGAUCGAAUCGGGCAAGGCGACAGUGCACCUCGAUCUGUGUACAACGUCCUCUACCUUCGACAAUUCCUCGAUGGGUUUCCAGAAUUUGUCGAGUCCCCGAUGAUUAUCUGCGACCGCAUUCUUGAAGCUGUCAUGGGAGCCUCCCUUGACCAGCUCGCCAUUGCUGCGAGGACGGAGACUUCCACCAAGCCAUGGUACCAACUCCACGAACACGCUUACGCCACCGACAGGCUCGACAUCGUCAUUCCACCGAUGCACCUCACGCAACACCACUUCACGCACGGCCUGCCGCGGUGGUGUGAGGAAAUGUGGCUUCAGUAUGUCAACGACAUCAUCUCUGGCAUCCCCUCGAAGGUCCCUUCGCGUCGCAACAACCACAGCUCCGACUCAACCUGCGCCUAUUCGGACAUCUUCACGGAAGUUCAGUGGAUUGUGGUUCGCGAUGAAGAGGAACUCAUGGUGGUGUUCGACAGCCACUUCCCAGAUAGGGACUGGGAAAGCGAAGACCCAGCGUCUGCUUCUCGAAGGUACUACGACGAUUGGGUGGCAUUCACCUACCGCGUUUCGAGGACAGAGGUGGUGGAGGCAAAGAAGGCCCUAUUCCGCUUGUUCAGGAUGCUCUGCUGGAUUCCUUGGGGGGACGGUGGUGUUUGGGAGACCCGGCCCGAUCGCCGAUUUACCAGGUUCGGUGGGGCUGACCUGCGACUCCCGGCACCGAAAAUUCUCAUCCUUCGAGGGGAGCCGAUGUGGGAAUUGGCUGGGUGA